AAACUUGAGGCUGUGGCUAAAGUUAGACGAGGCGGCCCAGGGCUAUAUAAGCCCCCCGGGGGCAGAGGACCAACGCGGCUUCACCUUCUCUUCUCUUUCUUCAUCGUCCCAAACCACCGCUCUCAGCCUCUCGUGAUGGCACCCAAGAAGCCCAAGAGGAGGCAGGCAGCCGGAGACAGCGGCUCCUCCAACGUCUUCUCCAUGUUUGAGCAGAGUCAGAUCCAGGAGUACAAGGAGGCUUUCACAAUCAUCGACCAGAACAGAGACGGCAUCAUCAGCAAAGAUGAUUUGAGGGAUGUUCUGGCCUCUUUGGGCCAGCUGAACACCAAGAACGAGGAGCUGGAGGCCAUGAUCAAAGAGGCCAGCGGCCCCAUCAACUUCACCGUCUUCCUCACCAUGUUCGGCGAGAAGCUGAAGGGCGCUGACCCCGAGGACGUCAUUCUUGCCGCCUUCAAGGUCCUGGACCCCGAGGGUACCGGAACCAUCAAGAAGCAGUUCCUCGAGGAGCUCCUGACCACUCAGUGCGACAGGUUCUCCAAGGAGGAGAUCAAGAACAUGUGGGCCGCCUUCCCCCCUGACGUCGCGGGCAACGUAGACUACAAGAACAUCUGCUACGUCAUCACACACGGAGAGGAGAAGGAGGAGUAAGAAGACCAGAAGAAAGACGAGAAAUCCCUUCGCUU